AAGGGCACGAUGCAUUCGGGGAACUUUUUCCGCUCUUCUACAAUACGUUCUAAAUAAAACUGGUCAAACAUUAUUUAUGGGUCCUAAAUUGUCAUAUUUAUGAGAAAAUCAUUGUCUGUAACGACUCCGUCACACAUCAUGGACUAUAACAUGUCUAAAUCAUUCACUUCCAUAUUUACCGUUCACACAUACAGUUAUGGAUAAACUAACGUUAGUCCAGUUUUUGUUGUGUAUUGGGACAGUCUGGGGUCAUGGCAGAAUGAUUGAACCCCCAAUGAGGUCCUCUAUGUGGAGAUAUGGAUUUAAAACUCCUAAAAAUUACAACGACAAUGAAUUAAACUGUGGCGGAUUUGCGAAAAUGAUGGAUGAUGGUGGUCGAUGUGGCCCUUGCGGUGACCCUUGGAUAAGUCCAAGAAAUAAUGAAGCAGGUGGCAAAUAUGCCACAGGAACUAUUGCCCGGCAUUACGCCACAGGACAGAUUAUAAACGUGACAGUAGAAUUAACGAGCAAUCAUAAAGGGUACUACGAAUUCCGACUCUGCCCUAACAAUAAUCCCUCAAGGGCUGUAACUCAGGAAUGUUUAAACAGAAAUGUUUUGAAUAUUAUGGGUCACGGAAAGCGAUAUGUCAUAGACUCACCAGAUUCUAACUUAUUUAUGGAAUUUCAGUUAUCGCUGCCACCAGGAUUGAGUUGUUCACAGUGUGUCUUGCAGUGGAAAUGGCGAGCAGCUCAGAACAAGGGAAGCAAUGGUCAAGGCGGUGAAUGUUUUGGAUGCGGACCACAAGAACAUUUCAUCAAUUGUGCUGAUGUCUCAAUAGGCAGCCGAGCCCAUGCACUGCCUCUAAAUCGUCCUGGACAAAGAGGUGUGUUUAUCAGUAAAACAGGUCCUAAAAUGAAUGUUAUUCAUAACCCUGCAAAAACUACACCUAUACCGAAACAAACCGUUCAAAACGUAUACGAUGCAUCUGUUAUGGAACCACCAGUGGAUUCGUAUUCUAAUAAUUACCAGCCAACGAACUCAAACGCUCAAAGUUUUAAUAAAUACCAGCCAACGAAGUCAAACGUUCACAGUUCUAAUAAAUACCAGCCAACGAACUCAAACGCUCACAGUUCUAAUAAAUACCAGCCAACGAACUCAAACGCUCAAAGUUCUAAUAAUUACCAGUAUAUGAACUCAAACACUCAACGGAGUUUAAAUGCUGGCCAUAACUCUCAAAAUAGAGUCUAUGUGUAUCAGAGGCAAAAGUCACCUCAACAGUACAGAAACACUCAACCGACACAACGUGAAAGCUUUAGACAACAUUCACCAAUUUCGAAACAAGUGUCGUAUGAUUCAAUGUUGGAUUCUAAAAAUCAAAUUACAGCUAUGGUAUUGCAAUAUGUAUCGUCGUUGCCAAUGGAUACGGCCAUGGAAUCUGGUAUGAUUGAAUGUGAGGGAUUUAUUCGCCCUGUAUGUAAAGCUGUGCCCUUGUGGAAUAACAAUAGACCGUUUGACGAAUGGUGUUCUGUUUUAUGCCCUACGGGAGUAUGUCCGGCAGCCGUCUGCUCGUGUACAUGCCCGCCUACUCAAAGCUACAGUCAAAACAAUGUUCAAUAUGCGCAUGUACAAUCAAUGAAAUGCCGCAGCAUGACAUCGUUUGGUGAUCCAUCAAUGGAUAGAUGGUGUACUAUCACGUGCAAUUCAAACCCAGACAACUGCCCAAGUGAUCACUGCUGGUGUGAUGGCAUGUAAUCAAGAUAUUUGAAGAUUUUAAUGUGGAUUGUAUCAACCUAGUUUUCAACAAGCCAUACCCCAUGCAACUUGCAGUAAAUUUAGCACUCAUAAGCUAUAUAAACCUGCAUUGUUAGAAUUUUAUUGAUUUUUAUUUUCAAAUUGAUGAACAAAUAAAAAUUCAAGGAAAGAAUGAAUCGCAAAUCACAAAUAUUUUGUGAAUUUCAACAGCAAAAUACUGUUUAACAAGCUACAUGUUUUGUCCAUUAAGUAUACACGGUGACAGGUAAAUAACAUUUGGGAUGUAUUUUGUCAUUAUAUAUCUGGGACAUGCAUUAAGUGAUGAGUGUAAUUUUUUUACUACAAUGUGCCAAAUAUUUAAAAUUACAAGGACACAAUGAUCGGUCAAGAAAGUGAUAAAGGAAAUGUUUUGGACUCGGUAGAUAUCGCUCCUUUUUUUUUAGAUGAACAACUGUGAGGUCAUGGAUGCCGUUCUAAAUCUGUCAUUUAAAAUAAUUUUGGUUUAAUAUCAAAAGAAAAAAAUGUAACUAUAGGUUAUCACGAACUAGAGCAGAACAUCGACCUCGCCAUCAAUCUGUUUUACAUUUUUGUCAUUUUAUUUGUGUAAUUUAUUUGGAACGAUGCCUGAAACCAUUGAAACAUAAUAAACAUAUUUUACCGUUACGUAUUUAUUUUGUCCAUUAAAGUACACGUGUGACGCAUUGCAUCCAUCGCUUCCGGUGCAAACAAGUCAUUUGUUACAUGGAUAUCCUUUUAUUUAAAAAAAUAUAUAAAUUUUGCAACAUUG